AUGUAUGAGACCCUUGGUUUGAUGCUCAUUACCAAACCAAACAAGUACAUGACAAACCAAAAGCAAGAUUGCAAAUCUGCCUGCAGAGACUGCCCUCUGCUUCGUGUAUUGGCUGGUGAGGUUGCUGGUGAGGAGACGGAGGGUUCUCUACUCUGGAUUGGUUCAUGGCUUUUGGAAGGAAACCACUAUAAAUAAUCUACUCUGAGUCUCUUAUUGCCAGGAAGUCCCCUGAACUUGCUCCAGGCUGCUCUAUUGGGGGCCUCAGGAUGGAGGAUGCAGGUGAGACCGGUGAAGUCUAUCCUGUGGGAUGCAGUAGAAGAGGCCAGGGCCCGCCAGGCUAGCUUGAAGACACGGCGUUUAGGCCUUCUUGGAGACACCUUGACAUAUGGUGAUCUUAAACAACUAGGCAGGGCACUACAAGAACUACAGGCUAAGCAGACCCCAGAUGUUGCCCUGAAGUUCUUCCUGUCCCAAGUCUGGAGGCAGAGACUGCAAAAGCAGCACCAAAUUUUAAUCCAAGAGGAGCUGAAGCAUUUGGAACAAGAGCAGUGGGGCAGUCAGAGAUGGCACCAGGAGCAGACAGAGCUGAGACUCCAGGUGGAGUCCCUGCAGGCACAGCAGGACGCUGCAGAACAGGACCUGGUGGGCUUCUAUGAUCUGCAUGUGCCAGCUACCGGAGCACGGACAUGCCACAUGCUGCAGGUAUUUUGAGCCUGGCAAGGACUAUGGGAAGAGAAGACCACAACCACAGAGCACCCUUACCGCAGCCUGCUGGCUAGUGUCCUGCAAGACACCAUCGAUCUGGCUUCCCUGAAUGAGGAGCUCCAAAUCCAGAACCAGCAACUUUGGCAAUGUACAGGCCAGUCCAUCUGGAUUCCUGCCCUGGGGAGUAAUCUGAUCAGGAACUCCACAGAGGCAGUUUCCUUCCUCAUUCUUUAG